AUGUCUACCAACGAAGCUGCUUUACUCGUAUCUUAUGAUACACCCAAUGGACCACAAUCCAUACCAAUAACCUAUUUGAAUGACAUAUACGACACAGAAGACAAACGUGCUAUCCCAUUGCCAUCAUAUUGUAUUAAGAAAGUACACCACCCUGAUGCUGACUUUACAAUUGUAUCUAAGAAUAUUGGUGGAAACAGGUUUAGAGAUGCUUUGGCAUAUGUUGGUGAUCAUAUAGCAAUUACUCUUUUCUCAGAAACAAGUGAGAAUUCCCUCCAAUGCAUAUCCGAUAUGAAACAUUUGAUAAUUAUAAAACCAGAAAAGAAAUCUAGGUGUGCAAUUGUGGUCAAUACAAAGGCGGUGAAAGAUUUCAAAAUAACAGGUCAGAUGCAAUUGUCAAAUCAGGUUCUUGAUCCAGUGAUCAAAAGAUGUAUUGCGGAUGUUACAGUCGAGAUAGGUUCACUCAAGUUUACUGCAGUUUGUUGCUAUAUUGAAACUAACAUUCAUAUGAAUGUGACGAGGAAGUUGAUUUUUUUAAAUGAGUUGGAUCGUCUUCUCAAAACAAAAGGUUCUUAUAUUGUUGGUGGAGAUUUUAAUUUUGGAAAAGGUCUUAUAAAACCCAAGUAUGAUAGAGAUGUUCCCGUUGUUCGAAAAUUGAAAAAACUUGUUAAAAGUAAAAAAAUGGUUGAUGUUGGUCGUUUGCAUUCUAAUUACAAGAAUGUAAUCACAAAUGUCAGUAGUUCCAAUUAUCGCCGAAUCGAUUAUAUUUUAAUGAGUCAGUAUUUGCUACAGAAAAUGGUAUCAUUCAAUAUUGAUUUUGAUGGGUGCAGCAGUCAUACUGUCUUAAAAACUUGCUUCACAAUUGAAGAUAUCAAAUGCACAGAUCACAUCUCCACAAUUGAUCGCGAAGAACUGAUUGAUUUGUUGCGUGAAUAUUGUAUAAUGAUGAAUAAGAGACGUAUUCGUUAUGUCGAGAAUGAAGAAUCCCAUCCAGAUGAUGAAAAUAAUGAUACUGAAGAAGAAAAAGCCCCCACACUUGAUGAAUUGCAUUUGGUUGCUCAAGAUUCGGACCUAUCCGACGUUGAAGGUGGUUUGUACUCUGAAAAGAAAGAUAAGUUGAAACAUGACAAUUACUUUCAGAUUAAUCAACAACAUGUGCAUUUAUUAGGUUCGGAGGAUACAGACGCGAUUGCAUUCAAAAAAUUUGUUUUGAAAGCUGUUGAAAAAGAAUCGUUUGAUCAAGUUACUACCAAAGAAUUGUAUCAGUGCAACAAAUCUUUUAUUGUGAAACAAGUCAAUAAAUUCAUGGAGAUGAAAAGAGCAGGAAAUAAGAAAGUGGCUGGUGUUAAACCUUCAAUAGCUUGGGAUAUGAUUUUGGUUCCUGGCUUGAACGAAGGACAGAUUAACACACGAUUUAAUCGUCUUUUAAUUAAAGAAAGAAUCGUGUUUAUGGAUGGUAAAUACAAAUCAAUUCCAGUUCGGUUGAUGAGAACAAAGGGUACUGCAGUGUUUCUUCUCAUCAGGGGAAUAAAUGAAAUACAUUUCGAAAAGAUUAUACCAUGGUUAAAGUUGAAAAGAUGGUUUCCAUUUCUUGGAAAAUUUGAUAUGCAACAAUCCCAUUCGUCGUGGAAAUCACAGCACUGGAUACCACGAGACGAAAAUGGUAAAUAUCUAAUUACCAACCGUCUUGAAGAAAUAGCACGUGAAGACCAAAGGCUAUCUGAAAAAGCAGAUUGGGGCAAAAAAGAGCCAGCAAUGACUGAUUUUGGUACAAUUCCUAAUUCUUUUGACAUUCAUAAAGCUCUCCUUAAUUCAAUUAACAUGUUUAGAUCCGGCAAUGUCAUAAGGUGGUCUCAAAUCCAAAAGUACUUUCCGACUGUUGGAACCAAACAACUUCAACAAUGUUAUGAGAAUUGGAAAUCGAAUGAAAUGAUUGCUGAAGAUGAAUAUGGUAUUGAAUACUUUAAAGGAGGGUUAGUGAACUAUUUGAACAAACCUGUCAAUGAGGAAGGAACUAACGAACUGAAUGGGAUUUUAGGUCAUAAGUUGAAUGAAAGUCGAGCCCGCGUAGGUUUGUCACCGUUAAAUUUCAAAGCUGUAAAUUUUCCUGAAAAAUUUUUCACAUCCAAGUUGACAAGAAUUAUGGAAAAACUUCAAACUGGUUUAAGAAGCUGCCCGCUGGAUCACCUAUUUAUGGAAACGUGUUCAUUUGUUUUUGAAUUUUUAAACAUUAAAAAGCAGUCUUUUGGAGUACUUCACAAUAUUCUUCGAAACUAUAUAUAUAUUCGUUGCAGUGAUAACAUUGAAUUAUAUAACAUGGUGCGAUUGAAUUUAAUUGAUGUCCCAAAUUUGAAUGUUUUUGAUGUAAAGUUUAUUUACAAAAGGAUGAUUCAUAAUAGGGAAAUUAUUAGAAUCAACGGUGAAGCCUUUAGACUUGGAAAUUUCGAGGUCAAUGAUGAAAUGAAUUUCAGUGAUGAUAAACCUAUGAUAAAUGAGAUUAACAAUAGAAUUCAGGCAAAUUUAAACAUCAGUUGGAAGAAUAUUGAAAAAAAUUCAGACUAUAAGUACACGAGCGAUCGAUUUAAGAAUAGGUUCGACAAUUUGAAGGCUAAUUUAAAGGUUAUUGAAAUCAAGGGAGUAUGGCAAUUUCAUCAACGUUAUUUUUUGAGAAAUGGAGUAGAAAAAGAAGUUUCAUCUGAUUCAAAUAGCGAUGACGAAGCUCAACUGCAAAGUGUAUCAAUACAAGAAAGUGAACCUCCAAAAAUUAAAAAUGUUUCAACAGCUACUGAUGCAAUUAAUCCGAAUUCAAGCUGCCUGGAUCAAAGUGCUUCUGAUUACGAAUCGAGUGAUGACAACGCUACCCUAGCUGAUUUCGGUGAUUUAGAUGUCAAUGUCAAGGCUGCUGUAAAUGUUGGAAUGAAGGCAGCAUUUAAAGCUGGGGUGAAGGCCACGUCUGAAGCUGGAAUGAAGGCAGCAUUGAGAACUGGAAUAAUUGCGGCAUUGCAGUCUAUAAGUACUACACAAUCAAGAUCAGAAGCAAAUUCUGGGAAUCCCAUAAUUCAUAAUAAUUCGAUUCAAGGUGACUCGCUGGCAUCACAAGUUGAAAGUGAUAGUGAUAGUGACGCGUCGUUAAUAGAUUACACUCAAUCACUGGAUGAUGAAGAUGAAACUGGACCAAUAGCAACACCCAAAACAUCCAAAUCUAGAAAGAUUCAAUCACUGGAUGAUGAAGAUGAAUCUGAACCAAUAGCAACACCCAAAACAUCCAAAUCUAGAAAGAUUCAAUCACUGGAUGAUGAGGAUGAAACUGAACCAAUAGCAACACCCAAAACAUCCAAAUCUAGAAAGAUUCAAUCACUGGAUGAUGAGGAUGAAACUGAACCAAUAGCAACACCCAAAACAUCCAAAUCUAGAAAGAUUCAAUCACUGGAUGAUGAGGAUGAAACUGAACCAACAGCAAUAUCCAAUACAUCCAAUUCUGAAAAGAACCAAUCACUGGAUGAUGAAAAUGAAACUGAACCAACAGCAAUAUCCAAUACAUCCAAUCGUGAAAAGAAUCUAUUGGCGCCACUGACAAUUGUCCAGAGUUUGGUUGAUGCUGAGAGCCUUGAUUCAUUUUUGUUUGAAACUAUAGAAGGGAAGCGACGUAAAUUGCUGCCUUUACCAAGUUAUCGGGACUCUUCAGGGGAUAGGUAUAGUACUGCAAAAGAAUCUUUUGAUGAAAAUUUUUCUCAAAAGACUCAGCAGUUUACUAACGAGAAUAACCGAAGUUGA